AACGUACUCUAUCACCGAGCCGGUCAUAUCACUGAACCGGUCAAAAUCUGCCAAGACCAACACAACUCUGCACUUCACAGUAUGUCUCAACAACAUCACGACCUAUUGCUUCAACACAAAGGGAGACUGCAGCUUGCUCUCCAGGCCUACAAUACCAGACAGUUUCAGAGCCAUUGGGCUGCUGCUGCUGCAUUCAACGUUAACCAACGCAGGCUCUCUGAACGCGCUAGCAAUACUCCAUUUUAA